AUGAACCGAACACGAAGCACCUCGACCGAGGGCACCUACAUCGGCUCCGCCGAAUCCCCCACCGCCCUCAAACGACCACCAAGCAGCGCUGCGCCCUCGCCGACGCCAUCCUCUGCCAUCCUCCCGCCGACGGCAAGUCGGCCUCCUAGCUCACUUGCGACGACGACGACGGCAAAGGAGCGGCCAAAGUUUAGCUCGUUCGAGUCGCAGAGGAUAGAGCCCCGUCGGAGUCGCACGCCGAGUCAAUCCCAAGCGACCGCUAGCAGCAGCGCACAACAGCAUCCCGCGCCGAGACAGGGACAGCAGCAACAAGGGCAGAGAGUAAUAGCAGGGCCAGCAGCAGCAGCAGCAGCAGUCGCACAGGAGGGCACGAGUACGCCGCGGGGGCAAGAGAGGGACGCGAGACUUCAGCCCGAGGUAAAAGCUGGGGACGUGUUUCGGCCGGACGACGAGAAUCCCUCGCAGUUUACGUUUUACCGCGAGGGGACGCCGACGCCUUCGGAGCGGUCGUUGGAAGUUGGCAGGGGUGUCGCUGGGGAGAGGGAGAAGAGGAGGAAGAGUAGGCGGGCUUCGAGGAGGGCGAGGUUUUCGCUUGCUACGGUUGGGUUUCCUUAUAUCGAGCGGCCGGGUGGGAGGAGAGAUGAUUCUGAUGAUGAUGAUGACUCUGAUGACGACGAGGAGGGAGAUGACGAUGGGAGGAGGAGGAGAAGGGGGGCGGCUGGUGCGGGUGGCUGUUGUGCGUUGUCGAGGACAGUGGUGUGGGCUCUUUUGAUAACGGCGUUUGUUAUCAUCGUGGGUCUCGGAGUUGGGUUGGGCGUGGGACUUGGAAGCCAGUCGAAAUCGAAGAGCGGAGGUGCCGAAGCAGCAACCUCGGACCCCGCAACUCCAACCGCAACACCAACCUCAACCCCCUUCACAGCCUCCACCUCUCCCGCCCCCGCCCCGAUAACAUGCCCAGCCUCCAACCGCGCCCGCUACUCCGUCCCCGCCUCCUCCUCGCCCUCCGGCAGCACCAACAAAUCCUUCCUCAUCUUCUGCGGCAUCGACUACACCGAAGGCACGGAGGAGCUCGGCGAGGUGAAAGCGUCGGACAUGGAGGAGUGCAUCGAUAGUUGUGCGGAGCGGGAGAACUGCCGCGGGUGCGGGUGGGGGUUCAUCGUCGGGGACGUGGACGAGAGGUAUCGGUGUUGGUUGAAGGGGGAGAUUGGGUUGAACCAUGUUGCGAGGCAGAAUUGGACGUUUGCUUUGUUGCAGGAGGAGUAG